CGGAGCCGAGGUGUGGUCACGUCUCCGGCGCAAGUACGGCAGCGGUAGCGGCGUGUAGCGGGUAGCGGGAGGAAGGCGGCUGUCGCUGUGUGGUAUUAUCUGUGUCCCGGUUCAGCGGCCGGCCGGAUCCGUCGAAGGCCACGGCUGUCAACUGUGGCCUUCGUUUGUCAGAAAUGUGAAGGAGAGGGAGGACAGCGGCAUGGCGAGGACGCAAGGAGUGGAGGUGACGAAGGAUGGGAACAAAAAAGCUACUGGGACGGUGUCGCUGUAGAGUCGCUAUGACGACGGAGAGGGGAGGUUUUCAUCCAGCCGAUGAGGAAAUUCAGCGGUGGAUGGCCAGUGCAUUUGAGAUGGCUGGAGAUGCUCUGGAGAACGGAGAGGUGCCCGUGGGUUGUCUCAUGGUCUACAGCGGCGAGGUCGUGGGCAGGGGAAGAAAUGAAGUCAACGAGAGCAAAAAUGCUACUCGCCACGCAGAGAUGGUGGCCCUGGACCAGCUGAUGGAUUGGUGUCGUCAUAGAAACCUAGAGCUGAAGGGCGUGUGUGAGCGAACGGUUCUUUACGUCACCGUGGAGCCGUGCAUCAUGUGUGCCGGAGCUCUGCGCCUGCUCAAUAUCCCAGUUGUUGUUUAUGGUUGUGGGAACGAGAGGUUUGGAGGUUGUGGUUCUGUGUUGGACAUUUCAGCCGCUCAUUUACCCCAUACUGGAACCACCUUUAAGUGUGUGCCGGGUUACAGAGCAGAGGAAGCUGUGGAGAUGCUGAAGACGUUUUACAAACAGGAGAACCCAAACGCUCCCAAGCCCAAGACGAGGAAAGAAUGACCUCCUCCGAGACCAGUCUUCACCGUUUAAAACCGGUUGUUUAACGUAUUCAGCCUUUGUCUAUUUUUCUUUUUUGUAUGGACUCAAUAAAGAAGUGGAAAUGCCG